AUGUGCAAUUUAAAAUCAAGGUUAGACGGAAAAGUAGCAGUUGUGACUGGAGGCAGUUCAGGAAUAGGAUACGAAGCUGCAAAGGAACUCGCAAAAUAUGGUGCGAAAGUCGUCAUAGCAAGCAGAAACGAAACAAAAUUAAGGACAGCUAAAGAAAAUAUAAUUAAUUCAACAGGUAAUAAAGAUGUGAUGUAUAAAAUUCUUGAUUUGGGAUCACUAGAAUCAGUGAGACAAUUUGCAAGUGAAUUAUAUCUGGAAGAUAAAAUUGAUGUUUUAAUAAACAAUGCGGGAGCGGUUGGCUUGCCUGAUCGAUUGACUCUUGAUGGUUUAAAUCUAACAAUGCAAGUGAACUAUUUCGGAGUAUUUCUUCUCACAUAUUUAUUGGUGCCUAUGCUGAAGAUGUCUUCGCCUAGCAGAGUUAUUAUAGGAACAGCAACGUCAAUGUAUUUGGGGGAAAUUAAUUUUGAUUACUGGAGGAAUACUACAGGCAGAUAUAAUUUGGUAACAUCUCUAGGAAGCUCUAAGCUGGCAGAUGCGUUAUUCAUGGUGGAACUACAUGAGCGAGUGUGGGAUAGUGGCAUUAAUAUUAAUGGUUUUGAUCCUUUUCUUGUAAGAGACACUGAUAUAUUUGGAAAUCUUGAUAAUUUUACAAGUGUAGUAUCCCAGUUUCUCGUCAACAUGAUUGGUCGAGAGAAGACUAAUGUGGGCGCCGAGCUGGCGUACUUGGCCGCAAGUCCUGACGUAGAAGAUGUCAGUGGGAAAUACUUUAAAUUUUGUACGGUUUGGUACAAUCACUGGUUGGUAAAUGAUAAGGAAUUGAGGAGAAACAUUUGGGAUAAAACUAAAGAAAUUGUGAAGAUAACCGCGGUUGAAGAGUGGGAUUAGUCUAUAUUUUAGGUUAUGUAUUCUUUGUUAUUUGUUUUGUUUGGUCGCAUUAUAAUGUUAUAUAAAUUUCACGAUAUCUUUUGUGAUUUUAACAUAGACAAUCAAGGUGAAUAAAAAAAAGAUACAUUGUCCAUGAGUCAGAAAAUGUUUAAUAUACCCCGAAGAUUUUACAUACAUUAAUCCUUUUCGAAACGCGUAUCAUUGUGAACGAAUGAAGAUGCAACUAUUAUGCGAAUUCUAGUUUAAAUGACCGAACACGUAGCAACAUAACUUACCACUCCCGUAAAAUAAAGAAAAAGAAAUAAA